AGGUUGAGGUAACACAGCAUCACACACUUGCAAGUUCAAGACCUGACGUUAAAUUAACUGCCAGCUGGGUGCCUCUCUUACUCUUUACACAGCCAGUUUGUGAUUUUCUCUUCCAGUGUGACUUACAACCAGCAGCAGAGGAAGAAGACCUUCCAGUAUGUCUAUAGGACUGGAGUUGAUUGGUAUUUCCCUGUGCAUACUGGGAUGGAUCAUUGCAAUUGUAGCCUGUGCCCUUCCCAUGUGGAGAGUGACGGCCUUCAUUGGCAGCAACAUUGUGACGGCUCAGAUCAUCUGGGAGGGUCUGUGGAUGAGCUGCGUGGUCCAGAGCACAGGACAGAUGCAAUGUAAGGUCCACGAUUCUAUGCUGUCUCUCUCUCAGGACCUCCAAGCAGCGCGCGCCCUCACCGUCAUCUCCAUCCUGUUGGCCAUCCUGGCUGUGCUUGUGGCCAUCGCCGGGGCAAAGUGCACCAACUGCAUCGAGGAUGAGGCCUCCAAAUCCAAAGUGAUGAUCAUCUCUGGAGUCUUCUUCAUCGUUUCUGGUGUGAUGCAGCUGAUUCCCGUCUCCUGGUCGGCCCACAGCAUAAUCAGGGACUUCUACAACCCGCUGAUCAUUGAUUCUCAACGGAGAGAGCUGGGGGCAGCGCUGUAUGUCGGCUGGGGGGCAGCCACGCUCCUGGUUCUCGGCGGAGGACUUUUGUGCUGCUCCUGUCCGCCAAAGGAGACCAGAUACAACAGCUCGCGAAUGGCUUACUCUGCCCGGUCUGCAGGUGGCCAGGUUUUAGAGAGAAAGGACUAUGUAUAAAUGAAGUUCAAACAAGAAGAGACAUGACUGGAUCUCUACAACACUUUUUUAAUUCAACAGGAACAAUGUUGGGGAAGGAAGAUGAGAAAAAACAAGCAUUUGACUUUUUUUUCCCAGUAAAUCAAACAAUUCAGAAACAGUUCUUUAGCUGCAGAAGAAAAAAAAACACACAAAAAAGCACAUUUAUGCUUUAUUUUUUUGUGCACUGUGUUUUUAAGAUAAAAACUUACUUUCAAAUUACUGUUACUUUUUAUAAAAUUGUAGAUGUAAUGUUUGCAAUUCAAGAAAAAUGUUCCAAAUUCUACUGUAAAUCUUGUGAAGUACUCCUCAGAAUAAAAACAAGGACAAAUUACAGUUAAGAAAAGAGAAAUACAUGUAAGUAUAAUAGAGACAUUUCCCCUUCUAGCAGAUACAAUAGAUAAUAACUAUUUUUGAACAGUUUAUUGUGGUAAAAAGAGAUUGUGGUGUCUUACUUCAUGGUUUGCAGUGAAAGAGGAACAAACGUGUUUUCUUUUACAAUCAAUUUAUCUUAAUGUUUUACAUGCUCACUCCUAUGAUGUUAUUUUUUAAAUAAAACUAAGUGUUAUUAGGAACUGA